CCGACAGUGUGGUCCGACUGACUCACGGUCACUCACUAUGGACAAUCCUUAUCUCGACGCCCACCAUGACAGCGACAUGCCUGGGGCCCGCGCGACGCAAGCCUGUCUGCCCUGCCGCCACAAAAAGCGCAGAUGCGACAAGGCGUUGCCGAGCUGCACCCUCUGCAGCCGCCUCAAGCGAUCCUGCGCAUAUCCGGAUGGCGCCUCUAGUGAGAGUGUAUUGUUCCUCAGGCAAAGGGUCCAGGAACUCGAGGAGCAGCUAGGCGCCGCGCUAGCGUCUCAGACGCCUGCGACUAGUUCUGCGUCGUCGUCAUCCAUCAGUAACAUUCACAGUAACAAUAUCGAUCCUGCGUUGAGUUCGCCCGGUGCCACGCCCCCCCAGCAACUACACAAUCAUCAUUAUCAACACAACAUCGCCUGGGUGCUCCCAGCCCCUUCCCCUGCCGCUCCCUUCAUAUCGCAAUUUUUCCUGGACGCGGAAGCCUUUGAAAAUGCUCGCCCAGCCUUUCCAAAGCCAACAAUCCUCAUCCCGGCGGAAGCGCGAUUGAUCCUUGGUGGUGUGGCGGGCAUCCAGACUCUGCUCGAUGUGUUCUUUUCGACCAUCCAUGUCUGGUUUCCAUUUAUAUCCAAAUCUCGAUUAUGCAAACAGACAGCCGACCCGGCCAGUCUCCCGGCAGACACCAUCCUGUUGUUUCUUGCCAUGCACCUGCUUUGUCACAACCCACGUGACGAUGUACAUAUAGGUGGCGUGUCUCUGUACGCUACUGUCAAGCAACUUCUCGUCGUGGUCGAGAGCAAUGGGCUUCUGACUUUGAACAUGAUGCAAGCUGCGAUCCUGAUUGCCUUGUACGAGAUUUGCCAUGCCAUGUACCCUGCCGCAUAUCUCUCAACGGGUCAUUGUGCAAGACUAGGCUAUUCCGUUGGCCUCCACGAUCGGCGAGCGCCACGAGUAUUCCCAAAGUUGACGACCUGGGGAGGCAACGAGGAACUGAGGCGCGCGUGGUACGCAGUCAUGAUCUUAGACAGAUAUGUCAACAUUGGCAGCCGAAAACACCCAUUGGCUUCGGGAGACUUUGAUAGCAACGGAUCUCUCCCCGCCGAUGAUCAGGCCUGGGACCGUGGUGAUGUGGAGGCAACCCAGCCAAUGUUCAUCACCUCAUCCACCCCAAUCAAGGUUGGAGGAUUUUCUCGGUCCUGCCAGGCCGCCCAUUUACUUGGCCGAGUGUUGGAGCAUCGCGACGACGAGGAGAUGCAAGGCGCCUUCCGCUUUAGCUCUGCAAUGCAGAUUCACAGCACGUUGGAGUCGCUGACAGGUACAAUGGCAAUUGGGACGAGAGCUACACCCGAACAACUGAGCACGGCAUUUGGACUUCUCGCGAGUGCCAGGUUCACUUUGUACGAUCCAUACUCAUGCACCGGGUCGAACCAUGGCCGGGCGACUGUGGAAGAGAUCCAGAUGCAGUCCAUCUCCCUCGAUGGCUUGAAGAAUACCGCCUCGGAUGUGUUACAGUAUUUACAACAUCUGCACAGUUACGUAAAACCCGACUUGACGCGAGCUAGUCCCUUGCUUUGCGAUAGUAUUUACCAGGCUGCCACGACGUUUCUGUGGUUGCAGCAGGAGAAUGGGGAUCCCCAAGCCACUAUGGGAUUGAUAACACUUACUGAUAUUCUCCAGGAAUGGAGUGCUCGGUGGAACUUGGCAUGGGAGUAUCUCAAGCUGUUGGACGUUGCUCGACAGCGAAUGGCCGAGACAUAGCAUUAUUGUUCGCUGCAUGUCAACCGUAGUACUAAUAAUACUAACUAAUUGAAAUAUAGAGUCCAAAAAUAGCAAAAUAAUCAUUUUUUACAGAAAUAUAAAAA